AUGGACCAAACAACGCUCGAACAGGUCUUCAUUCAGGACUUGCAACAGCUUGAGCAUGACCUUGGCAACUCUGCAGGCACGUCAGCUUCAGCUUCAGCUUCAGCUUCAGCUUCAGCUUCAGAGUCAAGGGGAACGCCAGCAGCAGCUCCAAGCAAUGCUAAAGCUCGAGCUGGAGCUGGAGCUAGAGCUAGAGAGAGCGCGGACACCGCCACACCAACGACGACGACGAUGCCCAGCAAGCAUCAACAGAGCAGCCAUCAUGCCAGCGCACCUCGGCCAGGCAGAGCUCCGCAAGCUAUACGAUGCGCAGCCUAUGCCAACUCUACCAUGUUCGUGCACAGACUCAGGCAGGACGUGCAACAUCUGCUGGACGACUUUGUGCGCGAGUUGUUGAUGCAGCGGCGGAUGGAUGUGCAAGCUGGAAUGUCGGCCAUGCAGCUUUUUCAUGGCCUAUGGAUUCGCGCAGGCUGGCACGCCAUGCAAUCCGCUUGGCCCGAGGCGCACGCCGCAUCUAGAAGAUCGUUCUUUGAAGCUACAGCGCGCGCGUUUGUCGGUGAGUGCAACGAGGCAAGGUGUUGCUGCGGCACCACGGCACCAUCGCCUGUGCUGAUGCCUGCCCCUUGCUCCCACGCCACGAUGAAAGAGCGUCUAGCAUGUCUCUCUCCAUGCUGUCCCUAUCCGCCUUCGCCUGCAGGCUCGUACAGUCUGCACAUGCCCGACGUGCAUCACGUCGCCCAAGGUUUGGCCUGCCUCUUUGCCGUCUACACCCUCGUUUCCACCACGGCUGAAGCUGUGCCUAUUCUGCAAGAAAGACCAGAGGGUUGCGUUGGGCAUGAUGCUGUUGACAAGGGAAAGAGCAAAGAGAUUGCCGUGGGGCAUCAACACUCGCCUGAAUGCGGAUGGAGAGUGUCCAUGCCGGUAGGUGAGUCUGUUGCACAAUGUUGGAAAGUCUGCUUCUCUUCUCUCUGCUAGCUUGACCGCUGACAGUCGUCUUUUGGCACAUCUCGCACCAGACCUGUACAAUGUGCUCCUGCACAUUCCACAGCACGUCGCAGGCACAGAAGCAGGACAUGGCUGGCAAAGCGCCAAGGAGGAUGCCGCUUUUGCUCUUUGGGCUUUGCACGGCCAUGCGCUUCCACGACGAAGCAUCAAGAUGCAAGGAGACCGCCAGAUAUUCCCAUCCGAAGCAUUCAUCCUCAAGAAGGACUACAGGAACAGUAGAUCGGUCGACAAGCUUCCAGCGCGCGUGCAAGACGAAAGCGGCCAUGAUGGUGAUGAUGAUGAGACUCGAGCUGCUACGCUUCUUGGCGUUGUUGGCGAUCAUGCUGCUCAGGUUUCUGGUAAAAGGGGGAAACGCAAGAGCACGACGGGGAGGUUACAAAGUAGCAAGAGAAGAAAGGCCGGCACAAGUGCGGCAGGAGCGUCCAAUGAUGAUCAGGUUUCCUCGGUCUCAGGCGGACCCGAGUUGGAUGCGCACCAGCAAAAAGGGAAAGAGAAAAGUUUUUGGGUUCGGGCAGUGCAGCAACCUGUCGAAGAACGCAUUGUGGGGCCGAUCAGCGCUUUUGAAUUGAUUCCCGCGACGAGUUUGAGAAAAAAGACGCAUGGGCUAUGGCCCUCCAAUCGAAUAGGCGAUCAAGCAUCGGUAGAACGUCACAGGGCAGAAUUUGGCAUGGUCAUGUUGGACCAGUCUGGUGCUCGCAAAGCCGGGCGAACGGACAGGCACGUCGAUGGACCAAACGAGAUUCGCGACGUUGAGCUUCUAAGCGCUGCGCCGGCCACGCACGCCUCCCUCUCCACCUCGCUCUCCACCUCGUUUUUCGACGCGCACGAACCUUCGUCUGAGCGUCCAGUCGCGCAUGGACUUUCAAGAGCUGACUUGGUGCGCAAUAUAGUCAGAGCACAGUUGGGCGAAGCGCCUCUGAUAUACGAGACGAUGCUAGACGACCUCGGCACCAAUGCGAGGAGAGUGGAGGAGGAAAGCGGAUCGCAAAGCGGGGGUCGGUCUGCUGAUGCUGAGCGAGCUGCUCGGACUGCACCAGAUACAUAUCGCGCGCACAACCGAGCUGCUCCGAGCGAGACGCAUUCGCGCAAAGGUGCGAAUGCUGCAACUUUAAGCUCUACCGCAACUCCAAGUCCAACUUCAACCGCAACUCCAACGUCGAAAUUGACACUUGCUCACAUUCCCCCAUCUAACCAUUUGCCACGACACCGCGCUUUUCGUCCGUCGCCUCGUGAGGGUCUGUCGACGUUGAACAAGCUGCUGGAGCGGCUCAAAGAGGAAGCAGAGGGGUAUGUGAGGAGCGCCAAUUUUGCGCUCGGAAAGCAGCAAGAUCGAGAUGCGCACGUUUUGCAAAGUGCGGCGGCAAUGCCUGGUCUGGCUUUUGGCAAGAGGUUGGGAGAUGAUGCAGUCUGCAGCGAUGCACUGGCCGACGCAAACGAAAAGAAGUCGGACUUGGACUUGCACUUGGACUUGGCUUUGGGUUCGAAGCGUUUCGAAGUCGAUUCGGAUGGAUGGCUGAAGCGGUGGACAAGGCGUUGCGAUUCGACUUUGCAGGGGGAGGAGAAGAAGUUGUGGAGGAGCGUUGGAGAGGAAGCUUGGGUCAGGACGAGGAGUGAGGUUGUGGGGAGAAAGGAAAAGGCGGGAAUUCGUGCGUUGAAAAAAGGAGCAGCGAAAGAAGGAGGAAGAGGGGCAUAG